CCCGUCCAACAGCCUCCCAUCGUACACCGCUCAGUAACCUUCUCAUCACCAAGUCUCUCGUCAAAACCACGUCCUGCCGCUGCGCAUUGGGGCAGACCGCACUUGCAUUGCACACGUCGCAAGCCCUUCCCGACCGUACACACAGCUCUUGCACGUCCACCCGUACCGCGCAGAGUCAGGGAGCAGUCGACUAGACGUCAGGCGGACAGCAACGAGCAACAGCAACAACCCGCCGCCCAUACCUCAUUCUACGCUCGCAACCUCCUACGAGAUCACCGCCAUCCCCGCCAUCCGCCGCCAGAUGUAACUGCGCGAAACAGGGUCCCCAGUGUCCGCUACGCCCGCCGGGAUCUUUGCAGCGUCAUCGGCACGCUCGACAAGGAAACAAAGCCACGCCUCCAGCUGUCAUCUUGGAACACCCCCAUCACGCAAGAGACCCACGCAAAGGCACUCGCCUGGCUGCCUGCUCUCCACUGCUAUAACAAACAACCCGGCCUCACGAACUCAGUUGGCGCCCCUUUGAUGUUCGACAAGGAAUAGCAGCGUGCUCCCGAUCUCAGGCAGCUCCACUACUCUUCCGCCCGCAUACCUCCUCGACUCACAUACCCUCUUCUGGAUCGACGCACCCCUCGAUCGACCUCACCUUCCGCCCGCACCGACUACUCCUCUUCUUGUCAUUUACUUCUCCGUGUACUUGCUUUAUACCGACAACUCCGAGCCGAACACACCACCACAUCUCUUUGUAACGCCAUAACGACCAUACCUGCUCCUUGACGGACGCGCACCUCGACCACGCCAAAUCUGGGCGAGCUAUUCCACCAACAACACAAAUCUCCUUGUACACAUGAUAACACCGACAAUCCAUAUGUUCCUUUAAAACUACCACAACUCCGGCCAUCACCACUUUGUUACCGCCAGCGGGCGACUGAGCGACUUGUUUUCUGUAUUGCUAUUGCGGACCGAGCAGGAGUUCACUACGGUGUGUUGCCAGCGAACGACCUUUAACGGCAUUGUGUGUUGGAGCGGCUGAGCCUUUUCCAUUUGUUGUUUACGAACCUCGACGAAUCCCACGGACUAUUACCCUAUGGCCUGUAUGCGAGAUGGCUUUGAACAAGGAAGACCACUCGAUAAUGGACGGUUUAUAACUGUCAAACCACUCAACCAUGGCUCAUUCGGCAUGGUGUUUGCCGCUCACGACACCCACACCGGACAAGACGUCGCCAUUAAGUGCAUCACCAAAUCUGGCGCCAACACCAACUGCCCAGCUGCAGUAGCCACCGACGACUACUCCGAGGAGCUCAAGAUCCACUCACGAUUGCCGGAGCACCCCAACAUCGUCAACACCGUCUCCAGCUUCCAGACCGACAACCAUACGUACAUGGUGCUUGAGCUCUGCAGCAAUGGCGACCUCUACGAGGCCAUUCGCAUGGGCAAGGGACCACUUGAAACAGGUCACGUUCGCGACUUCAUGCUGCAACUCGUCAGCGCCGUCGAGCACUUGCACGACAAUGGAGUCUACCACCGCGACAUCAAGCCGGAGAACAUCUUCCUGACCUCCGAAGCCACCAUGAAGCUGGGAGACUUCGGACUGGCCACGACGGACACCUGGUCCACAGAGUUCGCUGUUGGCUCGGACAGAUACAUGGCUCCCGAACAGUAUGACGCUGGUGUUUACGGAUACGGAUACUGUCCAGCACAGGCCGACGUCUGGGCCAUUGGCAUCGUCCUGCUGAACGUCCUGUUCCAGCGCAAUCCGUUCGCGACACCAACAAUCAAGGAUCCUCUGUUCGACGACUUUGCUCGCGACCGCCAAAGCCUGUUUGACGUCUUUCCCAAUAUGUCACAGGAUACUUUCAAUGUGCUUCAACAUUGCUUGGCUCUUGACCCGUCGAAUCGGUCUCUGACUGCCGUCAAAGAAGCGCUCGAGGCGGUUGUCAGCUUCACUACCGACGAUGAGGCGUUGGACGACUUCUGCACUGAUCAAUGCGAAAUCGCUCCAAUCGCAACCGCUGCUCGCGAGCCGUUGCGAACGCCCUCGGUGACCAGCCCCAACCUUCCAGGUGUGGACUCUUUCCCAUGGACCGCCGCCCUGCUCAAGACGCCGCAGAAGCCGACCCGUCAGUUGUCUACAAUCCAAGACGAAGACAUGGACUUGUUUCCCGCGUCUGCCAACAACUCAGAGUGGCAGUACGUCGACGCCGACGAGGCUUCCCUCUCUUCCAAUGUCGACUCGGGCUUGGGCUUGUCUUAUAAGUCCACCAAGUCUAUGAAGUCCAUGCACUCUACGGCUUCUUCUCUCAAGAAGCCAAAGUCUGGUUUCGUGGGAUCCUUGCCAAUCAGCUUCUCUCGCCCAAAGACCUCUCCCUAUGGUACCAGUGGUGGCUUCUCUAAGAGCUGGAGCGAUCUCUGGGACGAGGAGGAGGAAGAAGCCGACGCUGCAGAGGAAGCAAUCGUUGACAGCGAUCCCAUACUUGACCAGACUGGAAUGGUGUUCGAUGAAUCGCGCGCCGUCGAACCAAGCACUCCUCAACUCAACAUCAUCGCUUUGGAAGACGGUCGAGGCAGUGUGACGCCACGUCAAGCGUUCGCUCGACUCGAUGUCAACGCGCGCUCUGCGACACCCCUGACUGAGACCGAGAUCGAUGGUAACGCUGACCAGCCUGCGAAGGUGCUGCCUAAAGUCAAGUCAUCUUCCAUUCUGGACCGCUGGGCGGCGCUUGGUAACUUCCGCCGUGCUCGACAGGACCCAGUGCCUGCUGUCACUCCUAUCACCGCUGUUGCCACUCCACCCAAGACCAAGUAUUCGGAUGCAUUUGCCAGCUUCACCUCCUUCGGCAGCAAGAAGAACAAGGCCCAGCCUCAGCCGCAAUCCACUUUAGAGCCUGAGCCCAAACGACAACGUGAGCGUGCGCCUUCGUGGCGCCAAGCAAGCCCUCAACGACCUCGGUCGAACUCUGUCAGUGCCAAAAUCUGGCAAGAGGACAACAAUUGGCGCGAGCACAAGCAACCGCCACUUCCGAUCAAGACACAGCCAACGACGGUACAGCGCCCUGUCGAGGUACAGCGACGCUGGCCGGAACCCAGUCUCUUUGACGAUGAUGCCGGUUACUCUGAAAUCGGCCACUUCAGGAUGGAUAUGUAAUCAUCCUGCGCGCUCGUGUUAGUUCACAGCCUCCCUUCUACGUCAACGCUGUCGGCACAUUGCUGUCCAUGGUGUUGGCACCCCAAUACUUUGUCCAACUGGUUUUUCUUUUUUUCAUUCUCACAACAACAACAUACUGCAGAAGCAUGGUAUCUAGGAGUUCUUUUUGGAAAGGCAUGGUGCAAAGCACCGAGGGCUGGGCGUUAUUGAAAAUGACAAAACUGCAGAUAUGAUAUCCCCUGUACAAAUGGACAAAGUAGCGGGAAGGAUGGGAACGCUUAGCUUCACUGAUGGAUGACAACAACCAUACCAUUUGUAAAGCAUCACUCCAUAAGAGUGAUUGUACUGAACAACACAAUUUUUAAAGGCGCAAAAA